UUUCAGAACUGGAGGGAAUGACAUUUAAUUAACUGUCAAUGUCAAAAACUUCAUGCAUGUCCUGUUCUAACCUCAAAAGUAAACAAAAUCUCGUGGAUAUAUUAUUGAUAUAAGUCGGAAGCUGACUGGACAAAAAGAAAAAAUAUAUUAAUUAAUAAAGUGUCUAAGACUACAGUUACAUCCCUUAUACGUUAGUUUAUUAAGUAUUUACAAUGGGUAAACGUAAAGGAAAAUGUGUGAAGAAGAAUCCAUCUUCUAAAGAGUCCCUGGAGCCAGAGCAUUUGGUAAAAGCUCCUCAUUCCUUCGUGAUUCAUCGCGGACAAUGCAGCAAGGACCUCAUCGACCUCAUGAAGGAUUUCAGAAAGCUUAUGGAACCGUUUACAGCUUCACAAUUAAAGGAAAGGAAAAAGAACACAAUUAAGGAUUUUGUCUCAGUGUCGGGGUACCUGCAUGUCUCUCACAUGAUGGUGUUCACAGAGACAGAUAUUGGCUCUUACAUGCGUAUGGCUAGGCUGCCUCGUGGACCUACUCUCACUUUCCGAAUACACAGUUACACUUUAGCCCGUGACGUGAUAUCAUCAAUGCGCAAGCAAUACGUAAUGAUGCGCGCCUUCCAACACGCUCCACUCAUUGUGCUGAACAGCUUCUCCGGGGAGGGCAUGCACAUGAAACUCAUGGCCACCAUGUUCCAGAACAUAUUCCCCACCAUUAAUAUUACCACAGUAAAGUUAAAGAACAUCCGUCGUUGCGUACUGAUGAACUACAAUCCUUCUACACAACUUGUUGAAAUGCGACACUACGCCAUCCGAGCUACUCCAGUAGGUCUCAACAAGGGAACUAAAAAGAUGGUGCAAGGGAAAAUUCCCAACUUAAAUCGUUGUAAGGACAUGUCAGAAUUUUUCGACAAAGCUGGUAUGUUAUCAGAAAGUGAAUUCGAAGACGAUCCCAACUCCCAGGUGGUGCUUCCACAGAACUUGGCGUCGAGAGGUGCCGCUGCCGAGUCAAAGUCCGCUAUCAGACUGUUCGAAUUAGGUCCUAGGAUAUCUUUCCAACUUGUCAAGGUAGAAGAUGGUUUAAUGGAUGGUGAGGUACUAUAUCAUAACCUUAUAGAGAAGACAGAUGAAGAAAAGGCAUUGAUCAAAAAGAGGAGAGAAGAAAAGAGACGACUGAAAGAGAAACGAAAGGCACAACAAGAGGAGAACGUCAAGCGGAAAGAGCAAGAGAAGGAAUCUCUCAAACAGAAGGCGCUGGAGGGCAUGAAGAAGAAGAAAGAAAUGACGGAAAGUCAGAGGUUAAUGGAGCUAGCGAAUGCAGAGUCACAGCACGCCGACAUGGAGCAAGAUGAUGAGGACGAUGACGCAGACUACUACAGGCAGGAGGUCGGCGUCGAACCAGAAAAAGAUCUUUUCACACGUGACACAACUAAAAAACGGAAAGGCGACGAAGAAGGACCUCGAGGAUUCAAAAAGAUGAGAUUAGAUAAGAAAAUACAAAAGAAAUUCCAGAAGAGUCAGGAAAUAAACAAUCCGCAGAAGAAACAAGAUGGAAAGAGGCCCUUCAAUGGAAACCAAAAAGACGGCAGAAACUUCCAGGGCAAUAAGGGAGGCGGCAGAAACUUCCAGAAUGACAAGGCAGGCGGCAGGAAGUUCCAAAAUGAUAAAAAAGGGGGCAGAAAGUUCCAGAGAGAUGGAAAUGAUAGACAGAGACCUUUUAAUAAACAGAAAAAAGUUUUUGGAGGGAAAGUAAAUAAGUCUGGCAAAGGAGGUGGAUUCAAUAAAGGCAAAGGAAAGAAAGGAAGGAAAUAAACAAUACAUCUAACCAGCUAGGUUUUAAUUAUUGUGUAAAAAUAAAUA